AUGAUUUCAACAAUCGGCACAACAACAAUUCAAACAACAGCACCAAACUCUUUAGUUAUGAAUCCAACAUCUAUGUUAGUAGAGAUGAAAAGCUUUAUUCCUUCUUCAUAUACUUUUGAAACAGAAAUCCAGAAGAUAAAGCAAGAACUGUUAACAAGUAAUUUAGACUGUAGUGCGAAAGAUGAAGAAAAUGAACAGUAUCUUUAUGAAAUGCAGGACAUUAUUGACCAUUUGCCUAAACUACCUGAAAUCCAACAGCAAAAACUAACUAUUCCUGAAUUCGACGAAAUUGAAGUCAAAGCAACUGACUCAGUAGAAAUAAAGAAGUUCAUACGAAAGGUAAACUAUGAGUUUCUAGGAUUUCAUUGCAACCAUAAGGUUAUGGACAAAGAUUGCGACAUGGUAUAUAAGAACAUCUCUGACAUAUAUAAAUCUGAAGAAUUUAAGACCUACGACAACUUUGUUUCGUUAGUUGCUGAAUGUGUAUGGCAGAUAAGAGAUAAAGAUAGAAGAGGUAAAGUAUGGAACGAACAGAUAAAACCAACUGCUUCAGAUUUAAAGAAAACCAUUGACGCCUUAGUUGUUUUAGCAG